GGGAUCGGUUUUCCGAUGGCGGAGCGCUUCCGAAGCUCGUGGCCCUCCAAGAAGCAGCGGGUUGCCAUUCUCCGCAACUAUUUAAAGGCGUCGCGGGUGAUCUUAUCGCUCGCAAAAUCUCUUCCUUUCCCUGCCUUGGUGUCAGUUAAGAUCGAAUGGCUUCAUCAGUUGCGCCUCUUGCGCUCUCCGCCUCGGCGGCGGCCAUCCGAGAAAACCCUAAGCGGAUUGGAGUCGGAAAGAGAGGCGACAAUCUCUUUUUUAAGGGAAAGGCUUUUGGUCGAGUCCGUAUGGCUGUUGCAGUUAAUGUGUCUCGUUUUGAGAGUGUGACUAUGGCACCUCCAGACCCAAUUCUCGGGGUUUCUGAAGCAUUCAAAGCAGACACAAGUGAUGUGAAACUUAACCUUGGGGUUGGAGCUUACAGGACAGAAGAACUCCAACCUUACGUACUAAAUGUGGUUAGGAAGGCAGAAAAUCUCAUGCUGGAGAGAGGAGAAAACAAAGAGUAUCUUCCUAUCGAAGGUUUGGCUGCAUUUAAUAAGGUUACUGCAGAUUUACUCUUUGGAGCAAAUAAUAUUGUCGUCCAAGAAGGAAAAGUUGCUACUGUUCAAAGUCUUUCAGGGACUGGAUCACUUCGUUUAGCUGCAGCAUUUAUACAAAGAUAUUUUCCGGAUGCAAAAGUUUUAAUAUCAUCUCCCACAUGGGGUAAUCACAAAAAUAUUUUCAACGAUGCCAGGGUUCCUUGGUCUGAAUAUCGUUAUUAUGAUCCGAGAACUGUUGGAUUGGAUUUUGAUGGUAUGCUAGCAGACAUAAAGGCUGCACCAGAUGGAUCUUUUGUUCUGUUACAUGGCUGUGCUCACAACCCAACUGGAAUCGACCCAACUCCUGAACAGUGGAAUAAACUUGCUGACAUCAUUCAAGACAAGAAUCAUAUCCCUUUCUUUGAUGUUGCAUACCAGGGUUUUGCCAGUGGAAGCCUUGAUACAGAUGCAUACUCUGUUAGGUUGUUUGUUGAACGUGGUUUGGAGCUUCUGGUUGCUCAGUCCUACAGUAAAAACCUAGGAUUAUAUGCAGAAAGGAUUGGAGCUAUUAAUGUUGUUUGUUCAUCCUCAGAUGCUGCAGCAAGGGUGAAGAGCCAACUGAAAAGGCUAGCCCGACCAAUGUAUUCAAAUCCUCCUGUACAUGGUGCUCGGAUAGUUGCCAACGUCGUUGGAGAUCCAACUCUUUUCAAUGAAUGGAAACAAGAGAUGGAACUAAUGGCUGGGCGUAUAAAGAAUGUAAGGCAGAGACUCUUUGACUACCUCUCACGGAAAGAUAAAAGUGGAAAAGAUUGGUCCUUCAUUCUCAAACAGAUUGGCAUGUUCUCCUUCACUGGCUUGAACAAAGCACAGAGUGAGCACAUGACAAACAAAUGGCACGUCUACAUGACUAAGGAUGGAAGGAUAUCUUUGGCUGGAUUAUCUCUCUCUAAGUGUGAGUACCUUGCAGAUGCUAUCAUCGAUUCAUUCCACAAUGUCAGUUAGGAUGUGUCGGAUGUUGAGUUUUUGAUUGAUGGCAAUGCUGGGACUUUUUGAUCUUGUUCCAGCAACAACCUUGAAUCAUGGUAGUGAACCAUGCCAAAAUUAAGGCAUCCAUUUGCAGCCAUUUUGUGGUGAGAAUAAAAUAAUGCCUUUCUAAACAAUUAUUAGAACAUUUUGUAUGUGUAUAAUAAUAAUUAUAGCCUUGAUUAUCUACAAAUGCCUUAUUUUUUGGUAAA